UUUGUAACCGGUCUCUACUCUCUUCCUGGUUGAUGUGGACCGAAGAAGGGCUGGGGUGAGGUCUGUUGUUGUUGUUGGCCGUGUAACAAUAUGGAGAAAGUCAGGCUAUUUGGGACAGAAAAGCCAAGCGAGUCACCGAGUUAAUCAGCGUAUAAAAGCGUAUGUUACUCCGCGCUAUAAAACGGUUAUUGGGGCUGCUUCCCUGCAAACCGCCACUGUUUUGACGGAGCAGCUUCCCUUUUAGCUAACGGUAGCUGCUAAUGCUACAUGCUACCAGCCAGACAGUGCGGUUUCUCUAGCUAACGGUAGCUGCUAAUGCUACAUGCUACCAGCCAGACAGUGCGGUUUCUCUAGCUAACGGUAGCUGCUAAUGCUACAUGCUACCAGCCAGCCAGUGCACCUGUCACCGGCUUCUUUGUGCCUCUGCUGUCGGCGUCUUCGUGUCCUGUUGUCAGCUAAGUGUCUCAACUUGUAAACAAAUAACUUCGCUUCUAAUUCAUCUGUGUUUUUUGUCACCUUUUUGACUUUUUGGUUGUUUUUUUCGAUUUUCUUUUUGCUUUUUCCGACGGUUUUUUGACGCUCGUUCCAACGGUUAAGUUGCGUUUUUUCCCUGUUUUUUCAGUGUUUUAACUUUUUAAAGUUUUCUUCCUUCCUAACGCCCAAGUUGCCUUGUUUCUGCGUUUUUUUCGACGUUUUAGUCGUUUAUUCCAACGUUUUACUUGCUUUUUCUCUACGUCUUUGUGUCUUUUGACGGUUUUUGUUGCUUUUUUAAACGUUUCUUCCUAAGUUAUUGUUGCUUUCCGACCUUUUUAGACUUUAUUUUGUUAGAUUUUCCUUCCACGUGGAAAGUAAUGGCGUAGUAAAACAACAACAUCAAAGAUUGAAUGACAGCUCAACAUUGUCCCACUCGUUUAUAAUGAGGCUAGUUUUUCUCUUAACGUCGAUAUAUUUACGCACAGUUCAUCCAAAUAAAAGUUUGAGAAGAUGAACUGAUUCCCUGCGUCCAGCAGACAUGUAACGGUUAUAACAGUUAUCAACGGUUGUGCUAUGAACUGUGGACAGCGCUCGCCACUGGAGACUUCCAAACACAAACAGUUUAGAGCUUAAAUCCCGAUCGAGAAGAAGAGAUGGCGUCCUCCAAAGUAAAAGUGGGACCCAGCGGGGAGAAAGAGAGUAAGAGCAGCGGUUCUGCCGAAGGCGAAGCAACUAAUGCCCGGAUGUACAGCCUGGAUGACCUGGAGACCGUGGCCACAGUGGGCACCGGGACGUUUGGCAGAGUCUUCCUGGUUCGGGACAGGGAGAGCCGGGCCUUCUUUGCUCUGAAACAGAUGAAGAUCCCUGACGUGAUCCGGCUUAAGCAAGAGCAGCAUGUCCACAAUGAGAAGGAGGUGCUGUCAGAGGUCAACCACCCUUUCCUUAUCAGACUGUUCUGGACGCACCACGACGAGCGCUUUCUCUACAUGCUGAUGGAUUACGUGGCGGGCGGAGAGCUCUUCAGCUUCCUGCGCAGCCGUGGGCGCUUCAGCAACACCACAGGCCUCUUCUACACUGCAGAGAUCGUCUGUGCCAUUGAGUACCUCCACGACAGAGAAAUCGUCUACCGCGACCUGAAGCCAGAGAACAUCCUGCUGGACAGCGAGGGACACAUCCGUCUCACCGACUUCGGAUUUGCCAAGAAGCUGUCCGACAGGACGUGGACUCUGUGCGGGACCCCCGAGUAUUUGGCUCCUGAAGUGAUCCAGAGUAAAGGCCACGGCCGGGCGGUGGACUGGUGGGCGCUGGGGAUCCUCGUCUUUGAGAUGCUGGCUGGAUAUCCGCCUUUCUUUGAUGACAAUCCGUUUGGGAUCUAUCAGAAGAUUUUGGCGGGAAAGCUUGAAUUCCCUCGCCAUCUGGACUUCUACGUCAAAGACCUCAUCAAGAAGUUUCUGGUCAUCGACCGAGCCAGACGCCUCGGCAACAUGAAGAACGGAGCAGACGAUGUAAAGAAGCAUCGCUGGUUCAAGACGGUCGAAUGGGAGGCCGUUCCUCUGAGGAAACUGAAGCCUCCCAUAGUUCCCAAAGUGUCCCAUGAUGGAGACACCUCUAACUUUGACGUCUACCCAGAGGACGACUGGAAGAAAGAACCUCCUGUGCCUCCCAAGGACUUAGAGAUCUUCAAGAACUUCUGAUCCCAGAGGCCUCCUUAUUUAUUACAGACUCAGCUGGCCAUCCCGGAGAGACGCAUCAGAUCAACUCCAGAUGAUUGGUGCUGUGGAUCAGACCACCGAUGGUUUGCUUCUUCUAUUUCAUUUAUCUGACUUGAAGUCUUUGCUGUUUUCUUUCUGUCUGAGCCUGCUUGUAUGCAAACCAAAAGACUGUUACUUUUUACAUUU